AUGGUCAGUGAGAACGAACGAACGAAAUGGUAUGGUGGUGUGGACGCGAGCGAUAAUUUUGUUGCCGCUGAUGACGAUGACAGGAAUGAAAUCGAAAGGAAAAGCUGCCUGCAACUAACGACGCAACACAACACACUCUUAUUCUCUCGGUCACUAUUUGCGCACAGAUCAGAUCAAUCGGAUGCGAUCGGAUCGGAUCGUCGUUGA